AUGGGUAUUCACGGACUACAUCCCCUCCUAAAAACAAAUGUCGUGAAAACGAACAUUAGGCAAUUUGCCGGCCACACUGCUGGUGUUGACCUUUUUUGUUAUCUUUACAAAGGCGCCUACUCUACAAAGUUGACCGGCGACCAAGUGACCAUCCAGUUCGUGGACUAUGUAGUCCACAUCCUCAACGUGAUAAUGGAGGCCGACGUCACCCCCGUCCUCGUUUUGGAUGGCAAGAGACUCCUCGCCAAAACCAAGACCCACCUCCACCGUCAACAACAACAACAGAAGAGGAGAGAGAAGGCUGCAGCAUCGUCAUCAUCAUCAACAGGUCAGCCGGACAGCAAUUUGCUCGAGAAGGAGGUCACCCUCCACUGGUCAGCCGUCCACCGAUUUAUUGAAAUUGCCAAGGAUCUCAAUCUUGACUUCAUUGUCGCCCCUUAUGAGGCCGACUCCCAACUUGGACACCUCUUUAAGGAGAAAUAUAUCGACUUCGUGAUUACCGAAGAUGCCGACUUGGUCGUGUACGGGUGUGAGAGAGUACUUUUCAAGUUGGAUCGAAAUGGAAAUGGCGACUAUUUUGAGAGUAGCAAUUUGCCGACCUGUCUUGGGAUCCAGCCCCAAGUAUUCACAAAAGAUGUCUUCCUUUGGAUCUGCAUUCUAAGCGGGUGUGACUACCUCCAGAAUGUCAAAGGAAUCGGGAUAAUGAAGGCAAUCGAGAUGGUACUCCUCUGCUUGAAGAGAAAUAAGUCACAGUUGGACAUCAAUUUGAUCAUGAAGAUGAUACCGGAUAGGAUGUCAAAAGAUGCCAUCAUCCCCGAGGAGUACGCAGCUGACUUCCACAAAGCCAUCCUCACCUUCCGCCAUCAACUAGUUAUGGACCCCAAAUCGAGAAAAGUCGUCCCUUUAAGCUCUUACCCUGACGGAUUGGACCUCACCCAGUUGCAAUUUGCAGGGGAGAAAAUUGACGACGACCUCUCAAUGGACAUUUCUUGGGGAAACAUCGACCCCUACUCUCUUAAAGAAUUCUCCAUCCCCACAAAAUACUACAACCCCGACGAUGUGCCAACCACCAACAUCUGGUCAUCGGAAUACGAGUUGAUGGAAUCACCCUUCAACAUCCAACCAGUUUUGCAUGGCAAUUUUCCCGAAGAGCCACAAGUUUGGAGCUGUGACCACUGUGAGGAAGAAUUUGAAAAUGUCGGCGAAUUCAAGUCCCAUCUCAAGAUCCAUGGCGCAACUCUAAGAUACCCCUGCUCUAAUUGUGAAAAGGACUUUUCAUCGCAGUUAACCCUACAUCGACAUCAACUAGUCCACCUUAGUCAGUCUCCAUACAAGUGCGACGUCUGCAACCAGCAAUUUGCUUACCCAACAUCAUUGACGGUCCACAUCCGGACCCACACUGGCGAGAAACCAUAUCGAUGUGGAUGGUGCACCCAGCAAUUUGCUCAACAGUCAAGUUGUACUCAACAUGAACGAUAACACACCAGGGUCAGUCCGUUCAUUUGCGCCAUAUGUGAAAGGAACUUUAGUCAACGUACUAGUUUGCACGAGCACCUCAAGACCCACACUCUGGAGAAAGACUUCGCCUGUGACGUGUGUGGCCGGCAAUUUGCCCGGAAUCAUCAUCUUAAAGAUCACAAAUUAAUUCAUCAAGAAGUUAAGGUAACCCUUUUCAAGUGUCAGUUCUGCACCAUGUCAUUCUCCCUGAAAACGAAUUUGACGACCCAUCUCAGACUUCAUACGGGAGAUCGACCUUAUCAGUGCCAGCAGUGUCCUGAAAGUUUUGCACGACUAAUUCAACUUCAAAGUCAUGAACAAUCCCACACGGGGAAGAAAUUCACCUGCAGCACUUGCGGCCAGCAAUUUGCUCUUAAGGCAAAUCUUAAACAACACGAAGCAAUUCAUUCGGGCAUCAAAUCCUUUGGCUGCCCAAACUGUGACUAUACAACUAAUAGAACAUCAAGUCUGAAGACUCACAUUAAGAGAAUGCACCCCGGUGCCACAGAUCAGAUUGAUGGGGAUCAAGAUGACGCCGUCGCGGAAGAAAUCGUAGGGAAACGUGUGGACGGAGCCAGCGUUGAAUACAAAGUAAAAUGGUCAGGGAGUAAGAAAGAUACUUGGGAGCAUGCAGAAGAAUUACUUGAACAUCGGCUACUUAUCAACCAAUUUGAGGAAAAGCUGAACCGUCAUGAAGCUGAGAAAAAACUGCAAAUUGCAAAACGACCCAUCCCUUUGCUCGACUCCGAUGCAGCGAACCUUCUAAAGAAGAUGGAUCUUCCCAACGGAUUCGACCUCAACUGGGAACCAUUGAAGAUAUUGGGAGUGACGGAAGUCCGUGGAAAACUCUGCUAUCUGAUGAAAUGGAGAGCAAAAGCGACCCCCACAAUGGUACUUUCAUCACAGGCGUCGGCAAUUUGCCCUCAGAUUGUUAUUCAAUUUUAUGAGAAGCAACGAGGGUGGGAGGACUAUGUUGUAAAAUUAGUUACCAAGUAGAAUGCAUUGUUAUUUACCUGUUAUGAACAAGUAUGUCCCAUACAAGUUUUAUUUAUGGCUCAUCCUUCUUUCUUUGUAUGUCUUCAGUUUUAGCUGGUGGAAGCCAAACCAAAUAUUUAUGUUCUAGGAUGAGAAAGUUACUUUUAGUUUUGCAACAUGGCAUUACACAAUGUAUAAAUCUGUCAGAGAGAACUAAAUUCAUUUUUGAUUGAUUGCAGUUCAUAAAACUGCUUCUUGUAAUAAAAUGGUUGAAAAGUAAUUGGCUGUGGUACUUGACGGGGGUAAAAAUAAAACAUUGUUGCGGUUGACAGAAAAAAAACAUUGAAAGAACUGCAUUACAUUAAUGUCUUACACAACUAAAUAUUUCAAGGGAUAAGAAACUUUCUGAGAAAUUAUGGAAAUCUCACGAGAAACAAAGGCUAGAACUCAUUGGACUUGAUUCUUGUUAUUAAGCGAGUGACGGAUAAAAUAUAAUUUGCAGCUUAAUUCAAUUUAAAUCCAUUUACUAAGAGCACACGUUAGUGCGAUGAAUAUGUAUGUA